AUGCGCCGGACAUGCAGAACUUCCAUCUUUCUGCUUGUUUUCUUGUUGAAUCACGAGUACACAUCAUCACUGGACAGCUCCAACAUUGACGUUUCCAACCAACCACGAAACAUGUUUGGUCUGAGCCAGACAACCUACUGGCAAGUCCAGGAAGAGAUGGGCAACCACCCUUGCAUCACUUCAUUCCACCAUGCUGCCGACUACAGCAUGAUCACUGUUGAGAACAAUGUGGUACAGGAAGAUAAGAGGUUGGAAGCGCUUCUGACAGCUGACAACGUCACCGUCACGGGGCGCGAUGCAAGGAUGGUCUUGCGAAAUCUCAAAGGAGCGCGCCAGGAAGGGCAGAAGAGCACAAAGUCAACUCUGCGAGCGAAGGCCAGGGUGCGAGUCCUAGCAAGUAACUUCCUCGACAAGAAGAAGGUCAAGAGCGUCCCCUUUGUCGACACCGACCGUCUCUUCGUCCCCAACAUUCCUGCGGACAUUACCCAGGACGAUAUCCGGCGAGAACUGUCCAACUACGGGGAGGUGGAGGUUGUAGACAUCAAUCGGAACAUGCAUUUUGCAAGGAUCAAGUUCAACAGCUCGGCCCCUGUGAACCUUAUCCUGCAACGGUCGCCCCUUGUGAUAAAGGAGCAGCUGCUGGACUUCAAGCCUCACGUCACGUCGGCCAGUCAGCAGGAGGGAUCAGAGCUGCAGGUAGAGGGGAGGCGCAAGCUGAUCACGAGAGUGUUGGAGGACUCGAGCCCAUUGUUCGGGGUUGGGAUCAAACGCAAGGUCAGUCAGGUAGAGAGGCGAUUAGUGCCCAUGGAUCAGAACUCGACGUUUUGCUUUCAAUACGAUCAGAACGCUAUAGUGGUUCACAACCUACACCCCCUCCUCAAGACUCAGGAUGUUCGGGACAAGUUCUCCAAGUGCGGCAAGAUAGUUGACAUGGAGUUUGGCGACCUGGUGGAGGGCAAGAGCAAGUAUGCCCUCAUAAGGUUCAGAGAUCACGAGGGGAUGUCAAACGCAUGCGAGAUGGACGGGAUGAAGUUUCGUGGAAGGGUGAUGAGAAUACGCGAGCGCGGCAAGAAGCAGUCCAUGCAUGAUGAAUUCGAGAGUAUGAUGGACGCAAGGCAGCCAAGCGCUCUGGAGGGCACGUUGAAUGCCUUCAACCUCCCGGGCAGUAAGAAGUGA